AUCACAGUUAUCUAUCAGAAUGCCACCAGACAUGGGUUCUCCCGCCGCCGAGCUUGAUCUGGAUGACGAGCAGUAUGACUCCGCUGAAGACGAGGACUUCCAGCUCGACGCAGCCCAAGAUGACGCGGACUCGGGCAUGUCCGAUUCCGACGAAGAGGAGGCCGCCGACGAGACAGCGCCCAAGCGACGAAAGAAGGAUACUAAGGAUGCUAAAACAGCAGCCGACGAUGAUGAACUGGCGUCUGGGGAUGAGGCGAUGAUUCAGAAGGCAAAGAAUAAGAAGAGGAAGAAGGGGGAUGAGGACGUGGAUGUGGAUCUUGAUGAUGACGAGGAAGGGGGAACAGGAGGUUUCGUGCGGACGCGCGCGAUGAAGAUGCGAAUUGGAGAAGAGCGCAAACCGCUCGCGAAGAUCGACGGCGCUACGGUUGAUGUGGAUGCGUUAUGGGCGAAGAUGAACGCUCCAGACUCGGGAGUAGAUGGUUCUUCGGCACAGGAUGAGAGCAAAGAUGCGACGCCUGCGGCUGGACAGAACGACGGAAAAGCGGCAGGUGGUGACGAUGCGACUCCCUCCGCACAGGAACCCCAGACGAACUAUACCGAAGAAAUGGUGAAGAUUAAGCGCACAUACAAGUUUGCCGGAGAAAUGAUUACGGAAGAGAAGAUUGUGCCGAAGGAUUCAGCGGAGGCUAAGCUAUUCCUGGCGGGCGACAAGGACGCGGAGACCGUAACUGCUGCAGAUGUCGACCACGCCGCGAACGCCAAAGACGCCCUCAAACUGCGCAGACCCCUUCGACGACCCUCCCGCUUCGACCCGAAUCCGACCGGCACGAUCAAGAAGAGCUGGGAGAAACAGCCCGUUACGGAGGCGACGGCUGGGCAGGAAAACGCCCGGGGACCGAAGAUCAACACGGUCGAGAAAUCGCGUCUGGACUGGGCUGCGUACGUGGACCAGGCUGGAAUCAAGGACGAGCUCAACGUGCACAGCAAAGCGAAGGAGGACGAGGAGAGAAGAAAUGCUCGUCUGAAGGGGCUCUGAACUGCUUUGGUUUCAGUUUCCUCUUUUCCUUUGGCUUCUCGACUGCCUCUCGGCCCUGGCAUAUUCCCUGUCCGAAUCUCCUCCCAUGCAGGGGCGGAGCAACGCUAGAAUCUUCAGCAUUGGAUCCACUGUCCCAGGCCACGACUUUUUUAUAUGGGCACGUUUCCCAGUCUGCAAGCCGGGCUGGCUACAUGCCGCAAUCCGCACGGAAGACCGAUGCGGUGUAUAUUAGCUAUCAUCCAUAGCCGGAGGUAGUGCCAGACACGUGCCUCCGGCUCGAUCCACCGGGCUCAACUCAUCUCCGCACUACGCGGUUCGCUUACGCGGAGGGAUGCCACUGGUUGGAUGGGCGUAUAUUGCCUAUGCAUCGCACUAGCAUGACUGGCGUAAGUGCCAGCCAGGGCGAUGUUAUGACUUAUGACAUGUGAAUUUGGGAAUGUAUGAUAUUGUUAGGAUGGUAAUCCUUCUUGAUCCAAUAGAAUGACAUUGGUUGCACACG